AGUCAGAAAUAGCAUUGUAUCGCGAGUAGUGUGCUGUGGUUGUCGCGAGCUGUGCUGUACGACUGUUUCGUGUUUCGUUAACGGCAUUGACCGGGUGCACGUGCCGCAAACAAAGAAAGAAGUGGCGCGAAAACCAACUGGAAAGUCAACCGUUUUUUUUUCACCUUCAUUUAUGAUACUGUAGCUGGACAUCAUUUUCAAAAUACGAAUCUUCCCGAUGCAACUGUGUACGACACACACUGUAUAUCCAGCCACAUAUAAUAAUUUUUGGUCAGUGACGUUUGGAUACAUAAUUGGUGACGUUUAUUCAAACAUCAAACAUCACUUAAUUAUUAUUGUACGUUCUUAUCGUGUCGCUGACUUGUGUGUUUACCUUCUUUAUCGAGUUUUUGCUAGCUGUAGACUAGAAACCAUGCCAGUAAAAAUGGAAACGAUCAAAAAGAAAAAAUACAAGAGCGGCAUCCGUGGAGGCAGUGCACUGAGGUCCGGAGGGGUGAUUGGCAGCGGCGGCGGAGGCGGCGGUAGUGGCGGCGGCGGCGGCGGCAGUAGAGUGUGCGGCGAAGCGAGACGCGCUUACAAGGCGGCAGUGGUGCCGUGCAAGACGGCCCGACGCCGGGCCCGUGGAAUGAGCAUGGGCCAGAAGGUGUCAGGUGGAGUGAAGGCCGUCAACAGGGACGUGGCCGCGCCCUACAAGCCGGUGAUACCGAGAGAAUUGGCACAGGAUUUCGCUCGUCCUCCCCGACUCGACAUGUUACUUGAUAUGCCACCAGCACUUAGAGAGACGCAAUUGAAAUACAGUUGGAAUCAGGACGACCGUUCUCUCAACAUUUUCGUAAAAGAAGAUGACAAACUCACAUUUCAUAGACAUCCAGUAGCUCAAAGCACCGACUGCAUAAGAGGAAAAGUUGGCUUCACGAAAGGCAUGCAUUGUUGGGAAGUAUGCUGGUCAACAAGGCAACGGGGUACCCAUGCUGUUGUUGGUGUAGCAACUGCAGAAGCACCUUUGCAUUCUGUUGGCUACCAGAGUUUAGUUGGGAGUACAGAUACGUCAUGGGGAUGGGAUCUAGGUCGUAACAAAUUAUACCAUGAUUCCAAAAACUGUCCUGGUGUUACAUAUCCUGCCCUGCUGAAACCUGAUGAAACUUUCAUAGUUCCCGACAAAUUCUUAGUUGUUCUUGAUAUGGAUGAAGGAACUCUUAGUUUUGUCGUCGAUGGUCAGUACUUAGGAGUUGCAUUCAGAGGUCUGAAAGGCAGAAAGCUGUACCCAAUAGUUAGUGCUGUUUGGGGACACUGUGAGAUAACCAUGAGAUAUAUUGGUGGUCUUGAUCCUGAACCUCUACCCCUUAUGGACUUAUGUCGACGAGUGAUACGACAACGUCUUGGAAAACAGCAUUUAGAAGAAAAAGUGAUGAGUCUGCAGCUACCGCAAGCCUUACAAACUUACCUCCUGUACAGAGACCAAAGAUAAUACAUUGGACUUUUUAGUGCAGUGGACUGUUUUCCAAUGACUGCUACCAAGUAGAAUUUAUUCAAGUAACCAAAUAAUUCGAAUUUCGUCGAUUGCAUUAUCAACUUAAGGACAAAAACAGAGUAAUUGACUUUUGAAGAUGUAUUUUAAUAGUUUUUACUCUGUGCUGUGAUUGUACGUGAAUCUCAAGGUCAGUGUUCGAAUAUAUAUAAAUAGCGUGCCCCUCAUUGCAUGGGACAGAUGUUACUAUUGGUUGAUCUCGGUGCAAGCUUUAUGCUCAUAACUGUUGGAGAGAACAUUGCCAUAUGGUGUAAAUAGUCGUAACUCAGUCUUCUAAAAAUUAUAUUCUCAAGCACAGCUUCCUCUGAAAUAUAGCUUUACAGAUUUUUUUAUCAAAUUUUGGACAAUGUGUACUCGAAAGAUUGCUCGACUUUUUUGUAUUAUAUUUUGUACAU